CAAUUAAACCGCCUCCCAUUGUAUUGGUGGCCUGGGUACCUUUCAUUUUUACUGGCUUUUUUCUCUCUCCAUCUAACCCCACUUAACCCAGGCCAAUUAAGAUAUCCAGUGGACAUGACCUUAUCUAUAUAGUGUUCUGGUCAUUAUGAGGACAGCCUGAAUUAAACUACAAUAUGUUGUAUAACUUUUUUUGAAGGAUUUUUGUAAAGAAAAGCCUAGUAAUUUCCAGUCAUGAUUACAGUAUGUAGUGUUGGUAUGUAUUACAGACUUUCCUGAGUUAAUCCAUCUUUAAUGAUUAACAUGAAAAUUUCUAAAAAUGCUUGUUAUUGUAGACAAUUCCAGACAUGUAAGAGAGAAACGAAAGACGUAAAAAAGAAAUAUUUUAACACCAAACAAAGAGCAAAGGCAAAAUUAGAUGGAUGCCGGUAUCCGGCAACUGGUGGUGGACCUCCUCCGGAAAGUCCUUCUCCAGCAGAGGAGCUGAUAAUUGCUGCCACUGGAACCAGGCCUGGAAUGAAAGGCAUUACCAAUGGAAUAGAUAGUGAUACAGUAUUGCCAGUCCAACCUAUAACUGUGACAGAAACUCAAAGGGAAGACUACACCUCAUCUGAUUGUCAAGCCACAUUAUCCUGUACACAGUGUACUUCAACCACAAUCCAAAGCCCUGUCACUUAUGAGCUCACAAGUACCAUAUUACCAACAUCAGAUGCAUGCACAGACAUUAAUGAGCCAACAAAAAGUAAGUGCUUUUAAUAACUGUAUCAAUUUUAAGCUCA